GAGAUGGGCGUGCUAGCGGCGUGCUACCGUGGCGCAAGUGGCUGGCGGCUGGCGCUGGGAGCCCGCAUGCGGCCCUUGGGCGCUGGCCUGUGCACCGCGGCCGGGCCCCAGCUGUGGUGCGGAGGCGGCCGCGAGGCGCUGUUGCUCGAGCUGCGCGCAGCCGUGGUGGAGCGCAGAGGACCUCUGGUGACGCUGAACAAGCCGCAGGGUCUGCCGGUGACAGGGAAACCAGGAGAGCUGACGUUGCUCUCCGUGUUGCCAGAGCUUAGCCAGUCCUUGGGUUGUCCUAGCCUCCAGAUUGUACGAGCGCCGGGGAAGGAGACUUCUGGGCUUGUGCUCCUCUCCAGUUGUCCCCAGACAGCGAGCCGUCUCCAGAAGUUCUUCAUCCAUUCGAGGAGAGCCCACAGGCCCACGGCCACCUACUGGGCCGUUACCAAUGGGAUCCCAGAUGCUUCUGAGGGGCAGAUCCUCGCAGCGCUGGCCCUGCAGCAUGUUGAUGGUGUCAGUGUUGCAAUUCCAGUGAAGUCUCCAUCUCGAAGAGAUAUCCUGGAGGGUGUCAAGAGAACCCGCAGCCACUUCCGUGUAAUGGCCACAGGCUCUGGCUGUGCCCUGAUCCAGCUUCAGCCCCUCACAGCGUUCCCCAGUCAGCUGCAGAUACACAUGAUGUUACAGCUCUGCCCUGUGCUGGGGGACCACACCUAUUCUGCUGGAGUGGGCACUGUCUUGGGCCAGCGCUUUCUAUUGUCUGCAGAGAGCACCAAGCCUCAAACACAGGCCUUGGAUGACACCCUCCUCAGACGCCUCCGCCUGACCCCUGCCCAGGCCGCACAGCUACCCUUGCAUCUGCACCUGCACCAGCUGCUCCUCCCGGGCAGCCGGCCUGCUGAUGCACCUAUUGAGCUGAAGGCACCCCUGCCCCAGUAUUUCUCCAGGACCUUGUGGUGUCUGGGGCUCUGCCAGCAAUAGUCUCCUCUGUGCUACCCCCAGAAAGCAGGAGAUGGAGGCCUCCGGCCAGGCCCAAUGGGCUACGGUCAUUGUCAGCUGCUCGAAGGCCAUGGCUUACGGCCCAGCUCUGUGUCUAGGCAAACCCAAGAAGCAGGUUUUGGGAUAUCAGGCAGGUGACUGCUCUGUGGACUUGAAAUAAUAAAAGUUCUGACCUUGUG